AUGGACGAGGAUGGAGGAGCGAGUUCUGACAUCAUGUGUUUCACACCUCUUGGAUCUGGGCAAGAAGUUGGCAGAUCAUGCCAUCUGUUACAUUUCAAGGGGAAGAAGAUAUUGUUGGACUGUGGGGUUCACCCUGGAAUGCAUGGUGUGGAUGCUCUACCGUUUGUUGACUUUAUCGAUAUAGAGGAAAUUGAUUUGUUGUUGAUCACUCAUUUUCAUCUUGAUCACUGUGGCGCAUUGCCAUGGCUCCUGGAGAAAACCGGCUUCCAAGGGAAGUGCUUCAUGACUCAUGCAACGAAAGCUAUAUACAGAAUGCUUCUUGGGGACUACAUAAAGGUUGCAAAAUACGGUGGAGGGAGCGAUCGAAGUAUGUUGUACACCGAAGAAGACCUUGAGAGGAGCAUGGAAAAAAUCGAGGUGAUAGACUUUCAUGAACAGAAGGAGGUAAAUGGUAUAAGAUUCUGGCCAUAUGUAGCAGGACAUGUCCUGGGUGCAUGCAUGUUUAUGAUUGAAAUUGCAGGUGUUAGAGCACUUUAUACAGGCGAUUUCUCGAGGUUGGAAGACCGACAUCUAUGCGCAGCUGAAAUGCCGACGAUAACACCAGAUGUUCUCAUUUCGGAGUCUACUUAUGGGACCCAGAUACACGAAGAAAGGACGGAACGUGAAAAGCGAUUCACGCAGAUGGUGCACGAUGUCGUAGGACGAGGAGGACGCUGUCUUAUCCCUGCGUUCGCUUUGGGGAGAGCUCAAGAACUUCUUCUUAUUCUCGAUGAGUACUGGGACGCUCAUCCUGAAUUAUAUGAUAUCCCUGUUUACUAUGCAUCUUCCCUUGCAAAAAAAUGUAUGGCCGUUUACCAAACAUUUGUCAGCGGAAUGAAUCAGCGGAUCCAGAAGCAGAUAGCUGUCAGCAAUCCAUUUGUUUUUAAGCAUGUGAGCAAUUUGAAGGGAAUGGAACAUUUUGAGGACUCCGGUCCUUGUGUAGUAUUGGCUAGUCCUGGUAUGCUCCAGAAUGGUCUCAGUAGAGAGCUUUUCGAGAAAUGGUGUACAGAUGCCAAAAAUGCCUGCAUAGUGGCCGGCUACUGUGUUGAGGGAACCCCUGCGAAGCAUAUUCUUUCCGAGCCUGAAGAGUUUGUAGCAAUGAAUGGCGAUCGCCUUCCGAUGAGACUUCAGGUUGGGUACAUAUCUUUCUCGGCUCAUACGGAUUUCCAGCAGACCCUCGCUUUCGUGAAACAACUCAAACCUCCUCAUAUGAUUCUUGUCCAUGGUGAAAUGCACGAGAUGAGUCGCUUAAAGGCAGGAAUCCUGAGGAGUUUCGAGGAGGAGAACAUGUCGAUUGAGAUUCAUAACCCUCGUAAUACCGAUACAGUUCGCUUACAAUUCCAAGGAGUGCGAAAAGCGAAAGUAGUCGGGUCACUCGCUUUGAAAUCGAAUAAGAUUGGUGACAUAGUAAGUGGAAUAUUGAUCAAACGAAAUUUCAACUAUCAAAUUGUUGAUCCAAAAGAUCUCACAGUUUUUACCGAUUUAUCCUCUUCACGGUUGUCUCAACGGCAGUCAGUUUACUACUCGGGCAGCCUACCUCUUCUUCUGUAUAGUCUGAAUCAAUUAAACGAUGAUGCAGUCCUCACAGCAGAAUUGAAGCCUACUGAUACUACAACUCCCACUCAUGUUUUCUCUGUUUUUGGCCGAGCCAUACAACUACAGUGGUGUUCUCUUGCUUCGAUCUGCGUUCUAGAUUGGGAAUCAAAUCCGGUAAACGACAUGUACGCAGAUGCUGUACUGGCAGCAAUUCUACACGCUCAAACUAAUCCAAUCCCGGAGAAAUAUCUGCCGAGACCGGAAACCUACCCGAAAAUUGAACAGGCACUCUUGACGGCCGUUCGAGAGGUCUGUGGAGAAAAAACUGUUUCAUUGGAUCCAGAAGAUGAAACUACGAUUCGAGUUGAGGUAGAUGACAAAGUCGCCGUAAUCUCUUCCGGUGGUUCGAAGGUGGACUGUGAGGAUCCACUUUUGCGCCAUCUUCUUUCCACCAUAAGUGGAAAAUUGGGAAGAUGUGUACCUCCAGCGAAGGUAGAGCCUCCAGAUGCCAUGGAGCAAUAG